AUGUUUACCGAGGAGAUUUCCAAAAUUGAAGAUUUUCAGUAUGUGGUUAAUCCGCCAACCAUGCAAAAGAUAGCUUUUGGGACCACAUUGCCCAGAUUGGUUCUACCACGUUCCGGACCAUGUUUAUCCUCGUUUAUGCGCGCUCAUCAAGGCGAUGAUCCGCUUAGUCCGGGCCCAGCUGCUUAUAUGGUUAAAACAACUUACAAGGAUUGUCCAUCCCUCCUUGGCUUCUCAGCAUUUGCAGGCACACGUCUGCUACCCCAACGAAUAAACAAGUAUGGACAUGGUUUCUUAGAUGAAGUCCCAAAACCCUUUAAAAAGGCCCCAAAACCGUUCAACGUGGGCGCGAAACGUAUGCAUUAUUCUACUUUUUUGACACCACCACCGUCGGCUUAUGCUUGUGAUAAACCAACCCUUAAAUUGAAAAUCUCAUCAGCUUUUGGUAGCGAACACAAAUAUAUACCGCACGUUGAAAUAAAAUGUUUCCCACAUAACAUUGUCGUGUGUGCAGAAUGUCGCCAAACACCAAUCGGUGAUUAUUGGCAUAAUGCUAAUGAUAAUCAAGACAUAUGCCGUACAUGCAUGACUGCGAAAAGGACCAUUUUCCAUAGCUGUCAAAUCGACAAUACUAAACGACGAAGCCUACGGCGUAAAUUGGAAGAAUAUAGGUAUCGCCGUUAUUGCAGCUUCUUUCAUGAACAUAAUGGAACAACCGCUGCUGAACAGAUUAUGCCUACGAAGACACUUAUAUAUAAAAUUAACCUAGAGAAUUAUUUAUCACAGUAUAUAACAAAACCAAAGUUAAAACGGGUAUACUCCUCCCUAUAG